AUGGCGGUGCCGCUGGGCCGGCGCGGGUGGCCCGGGGCUGGCGGCCGGGGCUGGGAGAUGCUGCUGCCGGCCCUGCUGCUGGGGACCAUGCUGGCGCGGCCCACGGCGGCCCUGGUGGAAGGGCUCUACUGCGGCACGCGGGACUGCUACGAGGUGCUGGGCGUGAGCCGCUCGGCAGGCAAGGCGGAGAUCGCGCGGGCCUACCGGCAGCUGGCCCGGCGCUACCACCCCGACCGCUACCGGCCCGAGCCCGGCGACGAGGGCCUGAGCGCGGAGACGGCCUUCCUGCUGGUGGCGACCGCCUACGAGACUCUCAAGGAUGAAGAGACACGGAAGGACUACGACUAUAUGUUGGAUCAUCCGGAAGAGUACUACAGCCAUUACUACCACUAUUACAGCAGGCGCUUAGCCCCCAAGGUGGACGUGCGGGUGGUGAUUCUGGUCAGUGUGUGUGCUAUCUCAGUGUUUCAGUUUUUCAGCUGGUGGAAUAGCUACAAUAAAGCCAUCAGCUACCUCGCCACGGUGCCCAGGUACCGCAUCCAAGCUACCGAGAUCGCCAGGCAGCAGGGACUGCUCAGAAAGGCCAAAGACAAGGGCAAAAGCAAAAAGUCCAAAGAGGAAAUCCGCGAUGAAGAGGAGAACAUCAUCAAGAACAUCAUCAAAAGUAAAAUAGACAUCAAAGGAGGGUACCAGAAACCCCAGAUCCGGGAUCUGCUCCUGUUCCAGAUCCUCCUAGCCCCUCUUCACCUGUGUUUGUACAUAGCCUGGUACUGCCGAUGGGUCUAUAAUUUUAACAUCCAAGGCAAAGAAUAUGGAGAGGAAGAGAGACUAUACCUCAUUCGUAAAUUUAUGAAGAUGUCAAAAUAUCAGUUUGAUAGCCUAGAAGAUCAUCAGAAAGAAACGUUUCUUAAAAGGGAGCUGUGGAUCAAGGAGAAUUAUGAGGUGUAUAAGCAAGAACAGGAAGCAGAACUAAAGAAGAAGCUGGCCAGUGACCCCAGAUGGAAGAGGUACAGGAGGUGGAUGAAGAACGAAGGGCCUGGACGGCUAACGUUCGCGGAUGACUGAAGACUAACGGGAUGCCACCGUGCCAAACAUUCAUUGUGAUGUUCUUUUAAUAACUGCGUUAUUUUAGAAAUGCAUCAACUGCUCCUCAGCAGUAACUAAAAUCCCUCAAGGAUCUGAUUACACAGAGCACCGUAGACAUUGGAACUUCCCCGUAAAACUUUAUACAUAAGACAUUUAUGAUUGUUCAAUUUUUAUAAUCUAUUUCUGGCUUUUGUUAAAAGAUUUGACAUGAAAAUUUAUUCAUUGUCACAUAAAAAUUUUAUAUGUUUAGUUACAAGAUUUGACAUGAAAAUUUAUUAGAUACCAUUU